CCCCUCGCCUCUCUCACCGGCCCAGCUCAACGCAUUGUCAUUGCCGGGUCGUCCCUACCUGCUCUCGAAUCAAACUGGGUGGGCACCCGGGUUUGAUCCGUGUUCAAGAGCAAUCGGACUGCAAGGGAAUAUCAAUCACAAGGUUUCGUUGCGGUGGUGCACCGUUCGUGGAUUCUGUUGGGGAGGGCACAGCAGCAGCAGCAUAGUCCGUGUUGUUGGCGAUCCUGCGCACGGAGGCGAGCAUCAUUGCACGUGCGAAGAGAAAAUUUCUCUGAACGCAAGGGGGUUGUUCAACCACCAUGUCGGCUGACCCGAUGGAUGUCGAGGUGACGGCAACAAGCAAAGGCAAAGGUAAGGGGAAGAUGGCGGACCCGGGGGCGCCGGGCCCGACGACGAGCGCGGCCGCCGUGGCACGCCUGGCGCACCGCGAGACCGCGAGGCAGACGCUGCCCUGGGUGGAGAAGUACCGGCCCUCGUCGCUGGAGGAGCUCGUGGCCCACGAGGACAUCGUCGGCAUCCUCCAGAAGCUGAUCGCCAGCAACAAGCUGCCGCACCUGCUGUUCUACGGUCCACCGGGGACCGGGAAGACCUCGACCAUCUUGGCGUGCGCCAAGAAGCUCUACGGCGCAGACUUCAAGAUGAUGGUCCUGGAGUUGAACGCUUCUGAUGAUAGAGGCAUCGACGUAGUGCGAGGCCAGAUCAAGGAGUUUGCCGGCACGAAGCGCCUGUUCAGCUCCGGCGUGAAGCUGGUCAUCCUAGACGAGGCGGACGCGAUGACCAACGACGCGCAGUUUGCUCUGCGCCGAGUUAUCGAGAAGUACACGAAGCACACUCGCUUCUGUAUGAUCUGCAACUACGUAAACAAGAUCAUCCCGGCGUUACAGUCGCGGUGCACCAAGUUCCGGUUCGCCCCCCUGAAGCCGGAGCAAAUACAGGGGCGACUGCAGCACGUGGUGGAUCAGGAAAAGGUUACGAUCACACCAGAUGGCGUGGAGGCGGUGAUGCGCCUGGGGCAGGGGGACAUGCGCCGCGUCCUCAACCUCUUGCAAUCCACGCACAUGGCCUACCAGAAGGUGGACGAGCGGCACGCCUACCUGUGCGCGGCCGCACCUCUAAAGGAGGACAUGGAGUACAUCCGCAACGCUCUCCUGACGGCUUCGUUCAAAGACGCGUUCGACGGCAUCCUGAAGCUGACGACCGCGAAGGGAUACUCCCUCGGGGACAUCGAGCUCGCGCUGAAGGUGAUGGACAUUGAGCUGCCUGCGGCGGUGAUGGUGCACCUGCUGGACGAGAUGUCCAACACGGAGGAGCGGUUGGCGCACGGGGGCUCCGAGCGGCUGCAGCUGGGGUCCCUGGUCGGCGCCUUUGCUACCGCCAGACAUAUGAUGUCUCCGGCAAGCUGAAGCGCUCUCUCUCUCUUUCUGCGUCGUCGAGAGGGAACCCUUGGAAAUAGAAACGGCGAACACACCUCCCGUGCAGUCAGUCCUUGGUAUGUUGUCAACUCAACAGGCGGUAUAGAUAGUUUGACGUGCGUGCAGGAUGAGCACAUACGUCCCAUGCGUGUGUGGCAGUAAGCUUGUCAGACCUAGGCGCUAGCACGGGGGAUCGGAAUGCACUGUGUGUGCCCUCCGCCUGGAAGCAUACGGUUGGACAAUUUCACGGGGCCAAGUGCUAUGGCUCUGCCGUUGUGCGAUGCUGCCAUUCUGCUGCUGCGCGAGCUGUUAUGCGACAAACCGUCGCCGCUACUCUAGCGACGUCGUGCAGACAGGUUGCCAAGUCUUCCCUUUUAUGCCGGUUCCUCAUGGUCCUACGCAUUGUGCAUACGCCUGCAUGCUGGUUUUGUGAGGCCUGAAGUAGGGCCUUUGGUGUCCCUGGGUGGUGGGAGGAUUCUUCCGUAGUGUGGCGGAUGCCUUAGAAAAUAUUCGUACAGUCACCGAAAGACUACCCGUCCGAGGCAAUACCCCAGUCAAAGGCGUGUAUGUCGUGGUCUUUACAUUAAGCGGGGAAGGAAGCUGCUGGAUACUGGGCCUACAGUUGAGUUUGUUUUGAAGCCUUUGUACUGACGGGUCUUUAAACUGGCGCAUGAUUAGCGGUGCUAACAACCUGAGAGGAUCUUGUCUCUUGGAGGGAGAUUGCGGGGUGGCACAACGGUCCAUUUCGAUGAAAUCGACGUUUCGCGAAAGACUGGUUGGAAAACUACUUGUUGGCGAAUGAGGCGCGCGUGCGUUUGUUUGCCGCCGGAGGAAGGUCUUGUCUCGGCUACCCCUAGCGGGCGUGUUUGUUCUUGGAGGCGUUGGUGAUGCUGGAAGUGUGCCUAAGCCCGGUAAUCUUGCGUUGGGCGGAGUGCAUUCCCGGCCUUGGGUCCCGAAAAUAUCAUGUCGGUAACAGAUGUACGAUUGGGCGAGAGUUCACGCACGGUAUACGUCGUACAUGUCGUACUUUGCACGUAGACGCGUCGUACGGCUCGGAGCUUAUUCCAAUCAUUUUAGGCUUGCAGUAUCAGCAUCAGGUGCCCCAGGAUCCCGUGUCCGUUGAACGGUUCCCUUCUACAUGUGUACGCGAGAAGUUCAUCGGUGAGUAAAAGAAGGGAAGA